AUGAACAAGUCACAAAACGGAGGCAAGUCUCCACCAGUAAGCACGGAUAUUGAAACUGACGAUUUUGAUAGCAUUACAAGAAAUGAGCAAGUGAACAGUAAUGGAGUGUCACAGGUUCUCUUCGGUGAAAUAUUGUUAGCCGGAACACCAUACUUAGAAACUACUAAUGUGGGACAUCCCAACGGCGGAUAUGGUAAAGAAUGUCAGCCUGAUUGUAAAGCUUCCAGAAAUGAAAGAUGUCAAAGAAUUGAUGGCAUGAUGAAAUGCAUCUGCAGACCUGGUUUCGCUCGGAUGUUCCCGGAUAGACCUUGUAAACCUACAUACACGUAUUCAGUGAAACUAGCUCUCCGAUCUCAAGGUCAUGAGCGUCUCCAUUUCCACGAGAGUCUAUCCGACAAUUCAAGCAAACAGUACCACGCGCUCGCCUUAGCAACUCACGAAGGUAUAAACAGAAUGAUAAUGCAGUCGGACUUGAGAGAUGUGUACCACGGGGUUCAUAUCAACGGUUUCCAACCGGUAGAUAUGAUUACUCUUAAAGGGGAGAAAUACAAAGGCGUCGUCAAUGACUUCUAUGUUCAGCUCUCGGACAACGCGCACGAGAGCCGUUUGAAGGAAGUGAUUGAGAAGUAUCUCAGGAACAAUAACUAUAGUCUUGGAGGUACAGAUGUAUAUGCUGCCGGUGAGCUGAUGGACAAACUAGAUGUCAGCGAUUUCGACGAAUGCGUGAGUCCCCAGUUCCACGACUGCUCUGAACAUGCCCAGUGCUUUAACCUCAGGGGCACCUACACUUGUAGCUGCUUAGAAGGCUUUGCAGACCUCAGCGUCAACCCUUUAUAUCCUGGCAGGAUUUGUUCGGCGGAACCGGUGGGCUGCGAACGAUGCAAUUAUCAUGGCGCGUGUUAUUCGAGAGACGAUCACAGGGUUCUAUGUGAAUGCUUCCAAUGGUACGCAGGCAGCAGCUGUCAAAUUAACCUUAAAGUGGUGCUUAUUUCGCUUGUGGUGAUCGGUGCGUUGCUGACGGUGGUGCUGGUCGUUUGCGCGGUGGUGGCUUGCUCGCGCCGCCCACGCCCACCACAGCGCUCCAUAGUGGCUUGCAUUCAAGGAAUGCCGAGUCUUCACCAGGGUACGGUUCCAUCAAAGCAAAGGCCAGACCGGCGAGCACUUAUCAACGAUCGGACGGAGUCGGCAGACGCGUCCAGCGUGCAGAACGCGUCUCUACCUUAUUUGCCAUCGAAGCGCGCGUCUACGAGCAAGAAGUCGGGCCCCAUGUCGGAGCCACCGUCACAUGCGCCGCCCCCUCCCCCGCCCGCACCCGCAGUCAUCAUACCGCGGGCGCGCCUGCAUCCCCAACACUCCGACAGCCGAGACAACGUCGCUAGGAAACGUAGCCUGGAACUAAGCAGCGAGGCGAAGCUCAUCAGCUACUUGGAGUCCGGAGCUACCACCGCCAACGAUGAAAUGAGGAGAAAGCACAGUUUGGAAUCUUCGUACAGCGCACAAAAGGACCGACAUAAUAAGCAAGGCGCUCUGGUGUCGGCUGGCUUCAAAGUGUCAACUACCAUCAGACCAGAUGAGACAACAGUAGAUCGUGACCGCAAGGAAGACAGAGAUGACUUGUCAUCUGUCAACAAGACUGAUAUUGACGGGGAUCUGUCUCGGUUUAAUACUUUAAGGAAGUCAUAUAGUCAAGAAGAUCUAUCCGAAUGGACGGAUGCCGAGCGGAGAAUCGGGGAGUUAACUCUGUCGGAGGCGAGGUCAGUGGGGGGGACUCUUCCCGCGAGCACUGGCAGGGCAGCGUCAUCGGCGAGAUUAACGCACCAAGAAGCAAACACGAUGGCCGAACGCGACUUGGGCUCCACCUUCCUCCUACCGCACGUGCAUCUCUAUAAACCUGACCUUACGAGUGACGUGUCAGAAUUUGACUCCCUG